AUGUCAUUUUCCCCUCAAAAUGGUAUGCCCGAGCGAAACUCAAAGAAAAGAAAGUUGAAUUCAAGUAAAAGCGAGGAUAAUCAUAAAGUGAAUAAGUUAAAGCAGGAAUUCACCGCGAUGACCACUGUUAUCUUUACCUCUAUAAUGUCCAAGAAACAAGGUGAUGAUACCAAGUAUAAUGAACUCGUGCAACAAAUUAAAGAUUACGCGGAUCAAAAAAUUCUCAGUCCAAGAAAAGUACGGCUUUGGUUGAUGGCCUUCUCUCGUGCAACCACAAUGCUGGAUGUAUCAUGCAGCACACUGGUCAGUUUCGUGUUGAAAUUAAAUUGGACCGAAUACGACAACAAUCUGGUCGUGAUUUUUGUGAUGUUCCUUGCGAAUCUCAUCUCUUCACAUUCAGAUCACAUGCCAGCUGUGCUAAAUAUGUUGGUUAAGAAUUUGGUGUUCC